CGAUGGUGGAUACCCCGUGUCUGAUUGAUCAUUCGUUAAAGCUCAUGAAUCUCAGCAAAUAAUUCUCAGUAUCCAACCUUAUCUCACUCUAAUACUCCUGAAUGAAUCGUACGUGAGUGAACGACUCGUUAUCAGUGUGGGAUUAAUUGGGGAAUAUGGUGGAAGAUAUUCAACAGUUCAAAAAUUUUUUCAUGUAUUUAUUCUAAUCCGAGAAGUGAUAAAUUUUCAUUCGCACCAUAAACUUGAGGAGAAUCUUCAUAAUAACAUCAAGAUGAAAAUUGUUUAAAGGUUUUUUUACGAAAUCGCGGAGAAUGAGAGCACUAGGGGGAGGAGUAAUUAUGCUGGUGAGUGCCGCAGGGACAAGUAGUCUCUCGCGAACACUCGUAGCGAGAGAUGCAUCGGGAUAUCUUCGAAAUUGAAACUGAAAUUGAUAUUGAUGACUGAAAAAAAAUAAUUGACCAGCCAAUAACGGAGGGGUGGAAAUUCAAUUGAUAAAAAUUCGUUUGAAUUGUUGGAUUGAUAAUUAAACGAUGGGCUCGUUACCGAAUCUACAUGAGCUUGCCAGAGGCAAACUCGAUAGUCCGGUCCACAGACCAGCACCAAUUGGUGGUUUUGGACCCAUUAAAUUACCACCACAACCACCUCUAUUGGCACAUACUAAUCGUCGGGUACGAAGUAGUGGCCAUCAUCACGCACUUUGGCAUGACAACGAUGCUAUUCUAGAGCACAUGACAACUUAUUCACCGAUAUCUUGUCGUUCCGCCCGAGCGUCGGCUCUAUCCUGUCGUCGACGUGAAUCGAUGACAUCUUCAGCGGGUACUUCAUCAGUCCGACGUUUAAUAGCAGCUGUGCGUACAACACCAUCUGGUCCACGACCACCUCGUAAGGUGAUCCUCCGUCACUGUGCAGCCCUUCUGCUAGGCCACAUGACAAUAUCCGCAGCAAGUCUGCCAAUAUUUCCCCUUCAGGCAGGUCUAGGUGCCUUCAAUUCACAUCUUGGUCCUCUCCUUCUGGCACUACUAUACGCCAUCGCUGCGAUUACAUCAUGCUUCGCCACAAUAAUCGUACAAAAAAUCGGUACAAACCUCAUCACCAGCAUCAGUCAUCUCGUUACAACAAUAUUCGUUGGCACUCACUUAUUUCCAAAGUGGUAUCUCCUCCUGCCAAGUUAUACAUUACUUGGAAUAUUUGCGACACCAACAUUCAUCGCUAGAACAGCUCAUGUCAACGUGACAGCUACCAAUCUUACGAUUGUUUGUACCGAUCCUGAGGAUUCCGAUGAAAAUAGAAGGGACUGCAUUCUACGAAGACUCAACAGAGGAAUGAAACUCGCUGAAGACAUGGGUCUAGCCUUGGGUUGCCUAAUAGCUGUUGUAAUUGUUAAGAUGAUCGAUCCCCCACCAACGAAUUAUCUAGAAGACGAUGUUGAAGACACAUGCGGUGCAGAAUACUGCCCUCAAGAGACAUAUCUCUACAAUGAGACUCUAAUCGUACCACCAAUUCCAACAAAUCCAGCUAAAAUUCUCAUCAGCCUAUUACUCGGUUUGGCAAUAUUGGCGUUUGGCAUUUCCUGUGCGUUCCUCGAUUCGAGAAUGAAAGAGCCGACGAUUGGAAGUGAACGUUUGAGUUUAUCGUCACACUUUAAAUCGAUAAAACAGUCUUUUCAAGAUCCAAAACUGCAACUAGCUGCUCCACUUACACUCUUUAUUGGACUCGAGCAAGGAUUUAUAAUGGGUGAUUUCACUGAGGCUUAUGUGGUAUGUGCUCUGGGAGGUGCAUCAACCGUGGGCCUAAGCUUCUUAAGUUUUGCAUUACUCCAGGCAGUAGCAGGUGUAACACUAUCAAUGCUCCUGCGACACAUAAGGCGUUACUUCGUUGUGGCUGUUGGAUUUGCCUUUCACGCCUGCCUCCUCCUGGCACUGAUCACUUGGCGACCAGCUGGCGACGAUCCAGCACUCUUCAACGUCAUAUCCGCUGCUUGGGGUGUCUGCAAUGCUAUUUGGGAGACACUUAUUUACACUCUUCUCCUGGGAUUAUAUCCGGCUUCCUGGCAGGGACCUCUCUCUACCUCACUAUUCUGGAAAUGGCUUGGUCUUUUCUUGGCCCUUGGCCUUCAUGGUCUUGUAUGCACUCGUCUUCGAGUACUGGGUCUUGCUAGUAUGCUACUUCUGUCAGUGGUACCUUACACGUGGCUAGAGAUUCGUCUUGCCAAACGUGGAAAGUGUCUGGCACCUUUGUGACCAGCUCGUGAUCGUGACAGCAAAGAUGGUGCUAUUGUAAAAGCUAAUCAGAUGAGUCAUAUGCAAUGAGAUAGGCGUGUUCCAUCCAGCUCGAGGCUCUACCACAGCCAAUUGUCUGGUGUACGUCAUGGAAGAAGACGCAGUAGUGGGGCUAAUACUGGAAUAUUUGUUUGUUACUCCAGAACAUCUCAGAGCUCAUGCUGCGAUCCUAAUUCUAACACUUUCAAAACAAUCGACUUGUCGUGAGAUGAUUUAUUAUUUUUAUCGACUGGAUUAUUAUUUUUUUGACAGUUAUGUAGAGUCUCGUGGAUGGAACAUCGUUGAGGUGCAAUUGAAUUGUUUGUAAUGUUAUUGAUAUUAUAGCCAGUUGAAUUGGUGGUGAAUAUAUCAUUGUACAACGCUGAAUACUUUGGAAACUAUGAGCUUUCCUUUUUAUAUUGAAUGUAUGUUAAGACAAUCUUGUCAGAGAUUAUUAUGUACUAGAAGGUUGUGAACGAGCAUGUGUUGACAGGAAUGAAAUUACGAGGUCAAUAUUUCUCCGAAAGGAAAUUCUUGCUGUAUCUUCACUGUCUUAUGAUACUCAAUGUUUGCAAAAAAAUUAGCCACUGGUAGACGUUAAUUCUUCCAUGUUCCAUUUUCUCUUCAUAAUCAAUCCUUUUGCAUUUCUGUGAUGUUACAAAAGUGUUUUUUGCUGGAGAGAUAUUCGCGAUCGAGAGAAAAUUGGGUAGAACACUCAUACUCCAAGCUUCGGACACUGCCGCAUUAAAUUACGAUUACGAUUGUAAAAUUUUCAUUGGUUGAUUAAUUGGAGAUUGAGGGGAAAAUUAAUAAACUCAUUUUGUAACAAAUGCGUGGAGUAGGGGAUUAUGAAAUAGUGGAAUAAAUUUAAAUAUGUGAUGCAAUUGACAAAAAUUAAGAAAAAUUUUAAUAUCAAUCAAUCUGCUCCGAGUGAUUUUAUAGAUUAUUCAGAAAAAGAAAAUGUUGGCACGUGUUGUUAGUGAGAGAAAAUUAACAGUUCAAUUUCAUUAAUGAGAGUCAGACGGACCGACUCAAUUGAUCAUUAUUUUUCUCUUGCGCCAACCAAAGGUGAGAAAUAACCGUUAUUUUCACAUAUCAAUGAUUUCAGGACUCGUAAAAUCUCUCCAAUUAUAUCCUGAAUAUCGACUCUUUAUAGCAAUAAAGAAUAUAUAGUUUGUCUUUUCAAUUACAACACGGCACUUGUAUAAAUAAUUCCAAACAAUUAAACAUGAAACCAUUAAAAGUACUGCACUGAAUAAGGCGUUAUUAUAAAGAAAUGAAAAAUAAGUAUUAUUUAUAAUCAAUUGUUUAAAAGUAUUUUCACCUGAGGUGACUUUUUUUACUAUUCCAUACCUCUCUAAAAAUAGUAUUUGUAAAUAUGUUUCUCCUACAAAAUAUAAUUGUUUUCUCGAUUCAAAAAAUUUAUCAUCAUGGUUUGUAAAAAUCCUCAAUAAGUGAAUGUCAUAUUGUCAUGUUAUAAAUUAUGGUAAUUUUUUAAUCUUCAUUUUCGUUACUAUUUAUUCUACAGUGGAGUGUUAAAUACCGGCGAAUCUUUCCCAUGAGGAACUGAGAGGGAAAUCGAAAUUGUCACAUUAAUUUCCCUUUAAAAUUCUCGGAAUUGUGGCGCGAAGUGGGGGCUCCAUUCAAGUACCCGUUUAUUGCGAAUUAGAUGAGUUUACUUCCUCGAGCACUCGAGUAGUUAUCGUGAGUCCUCUGUAGGUAUUUAUAAUUCAGACGAUUUCCCAAUUUUCCACUACUAGCGUAUCUUACACUUCUGGAUGUUAUCUUUUGAUACAAAAAAAAAUUCAAUGAUUCAUUUGAAUAUUUGUUUCUUCCAGGGCCUUGGGAAAGAUUGGGAGAUAUUUUUAGUUAAUUUUCAUGACCGAAUUGAUAUUCAAAUUAUUUUUUUUUAUGAGAUUUAACGAAGAAAAAAUAUAUUCUCGUUUCUAUAAUGUAUAUUGGAUUCGCCGAUACGUCCGGGAAUUGAACAUCAAUUUUUCCUUCACAUGAUUUUUAUAAUUUAUUGACAAAAGCUAUGUAUAAUACAAGAAAAAAAUUAUGAACACAACUUAUACAUAGUCUUCUAUACAUAGUCUUUUAUUUCCCGAGAUUUUUCUGGGACUAAAACAUUUAUUAACAUUUUUUUAAAUGACAAAAAUCGCUGCAAAACUUUAUCAUCCUGAUUUUUUCGUCUAUUCUGUACUAUUCAUUAAAUAUGAAAGUCAUUCCCUGUCGAAGAUAACGACUAGAUUCUUAAAUAUCCCUGGUGUGCACCAGUGGAUCAAAAAAUUCGAUCGUUAAUAAAAAUAAAUUAAUGAGACGGAAAUACAAAGAAAUGCGAUUGAAAUGAAAUUAUUUUUUCUAGAUAAUCGUUCCACAUUUAGCUCUCGGUUUAGCCCAAUUUUCUUAACACUAUCGUUGUUGUGGAGAGAGUGAAAGAAAGUGGAAACAAAGAGAAAUAGUUGAUGCAUUUUUGCACAUGGUUUUAUAGAAACGAGAUCACAUGUUCCAUUCAAUUACACUUUCCAACUACAUUUUUCAAAAUAUUCAUUCUUCAUAUCCAUUCCAUCAACUCAAUACUGACUGAUUCGUGAACAACAAAAAAUACUAUGAAACAAAGACAUGAGAUUCAAAAGUACAACUAUUCGUUUCAAUAAUUA